AGCAACCUAACAUUAUAGGUGAUUUAGGGCAAAGUGUAGAGAGCAAACAUGAAUUCGUGGCUUUUAAAUCGAGCGAAUAAUAAUAUGCCGUCGUUUCGGUUUUCCGCGUUGCCUCGCCACGCUAGACGCUCAUUUUCUCCGCAGAGAUGGGAAUAGGUGGUCGGCACUGCACGAAUCCCUCCGCGUACACAUUCUGCGUCUACUUUCGGGGCGGGGGUUUCAACCACAGCCGGGUGUUUGGGCGGAAGAGACAGGAAGUUCCUCCUGCGGCAUUAUUCUAAUCCGCUUCGCUAAGCUUCCGGUUUCACAGUUCGGGUUCUUGGCGGAGGAGGUGGCUGUAGACGCUUUCUUGUGCAAGUUGAUUACUGUGGAAAAAUCAAAGAUUUGUGGAUUUAGAAUUGGCGACUAGGAUCAGUUGGAGGAUAGCAAGCAUACUACAAAUACAAUGCUACAGCAAGCAGAAACAAACUGUGACAGCAGAGAAAAUGCAGAUGCACAGGAAGUAGAAGAUUACAUUUCCAGAAACAGAAAACUGGUGGGGAAAGAAUACUGUACCCAGGAGUUGCGAGAGGAAACUCCAGGGAGAGAAGAAAUCCGUAUUGGCCCACCUGAUGGGCAGCAAGACUCAGAAAAUGAGAAAAACAAAGAAAAAACUUUAGGAAAAGAAGUAUUGUUACUUAUGCAAGCUUUAAACACACUUGCUACUCCAGAAGAAAAGCUAGCAGCACUCUGCAAGAAAUAUGCUGACCUGCUAGAGGAGAGCCGAAAUGUUCAGAGACAAAUGAAGAUGCUGCAAAAGAAACAAGCACAGGUUGUAAAAGAGAAAGUACAUCUACAAAGUGAACAUAGUAAAGCAAUUCUUGCACGUAGCAAACUGGAAUCUCUGUGUCGAGAACUACAGCGCCAUAAUAAGACUCUCAAGGAAGAAAAUAUGCAACAAGCCCGUGAAGAGGAAGAGAGACGUAAAGAAGCAACAAUACAUUUCCAGAUUACAUUAAAUGAAAUUCAGGCACAGCUAGAACAGCAUGGUGUACACAAUGCAAAACUCCGCCAAGAAAAUAUUGAACUGGGGGAGAAACUGAAGAAACUUGUGGAACAGUAUACACUCCGAGAAGAACACAUGGAUAAAGUCUUCAAGCAUAAAGAACUACAACAACAAUUGGUGGAUGCCAAGCUUCAGCAAACCACACAGCUGAUAAAAGAAGCUGAAGAAAAACAUCAGAGGGAGAAAGAUUUUCUGUUAAAAGAAGCAACCGAAUCUAGACACAAAUGUGAACAGAUGAAGCAGCAGGAAGCCCAAUUAAAACAGCAGCUUUCUCUUUACAUGGAUAAAUUUGAGGAAUUCCAGACAACUAUGGCAAAGAGUAAUGAACUUUUCACAACUUUCAGACAAGAAAUGGAAAAGAUGACCAAAAAAAUAAAAAAACUGGAAAAAGAAAUAGUAGUGUGGCGUACAAAAUGGGAAAACAACAACAAGGCUCUUUUACAAAUGGCUGAAGAAAAGACCGUUAAGGACAAAGAAUACAAAGGUUUCCAAAUAAAACUGGAGCGUUUGGAAAAGCUAUGUAGAGCUCUUCAAACAGAAAGAAAUGAGUUAAAUGAGAAGGUGGAAAUUCUUAAAGAACAGGUUUCUUCAAGAGAAGCAGAUGUGGAUCUAGCUGUACCUGUAUUGCAAUCAUGCACGCUCAACUCUCAUGAGAAGCUGGAGAUUUCUACUAAUAAAGAACAAGAAGGAAUCCAACCAGAUAUCGAAACAAGAGCGGCAAAUGAAGGCUCUGAAAAAACUGUCAAUUUGGUUUCCAUUCCUACCACAGAUUUUGUUGACUAAAAUGUAAACACUGUGUUAAGAGAUAUAUUUUGUGUAUAACUUUAACUGGUGGUGGUAACUAUUAGUUUUGUGGUGAAAAUUUUCUUACUUUUUCUACCAUAUCUGUAUUUUCUUAGAACAGAACAGAAUUUGCCUGGUACAGGAAGCUGCAUAGCAGCUAUUGAAUAGCUUAUCUAUAAAAAUAAUCCACAACUAUAUUGCACAUUUGCAUUUUUUUUACAAAAGAACCCCAUUAAGGAUGCAUGCAGUGUUUUUCUUCUUAUCCAGUAAUGCAUUACUGUGUCAUCUAAGACCCACAUACAGUUUUGUCAUCAUGUUAAGGGAACAACUUCGAUCAGUCUUUGAUUGAGCUUAAAUCUGUGUAGUAAAUUAAAAUUUAAAGCUGAAAUGAGAUUACCAAGCAGGCCAGUAAAAUACAUUGUGGCAUGUGACUGGCCAUACUGAUAUGAAAAAGCUGAAUAAUCUUACAGGGUUUAGCGUAACUGCUAACUUGCUCACAGCCAUGAUUUAACCUUGCAACUGGAAAAACAGGGUGUUACAAUUCAUAUUUCUCAGGAUUGUCUGAUAGUCAAUAUAAAUUAAGUAACUGUUCUUUCUGUUAAAUUGAAGGAAAUAAGGCAGAAAACAAGCAUUGGUAAUUUGUCUAAAUAGUCACUAACCUAAAUCUGGAUGUAUUUUGAAUGCACUACUCUUGUUGCAAUGAUUUUUUAAAAAUGAGCUGUAAUAUAAAAACUGGUCAGCUUAUUAAAUGCAAGAAGAUUUUUGGUAGUGGUUGCUAGAUUAAAAUAUAUAAUCUAUGGGACAGGGCUUUUGGGGAAUUCUUUUUUUGCCUACUUAUUAGUGUGAAAUAGUGAGCAUAUAUAAAUGCACCAUCAUUUAAAAAUGAUUGCAAUGAACCACAGUACAGGAAAUCCUAAAGUGUAUAUUUCAUAAGAUACACAUUCUUAUAAAAACUGGUUUAUCCAUGAUAAAGUGAAUAAAUUAUAUAAUUUCUGUAAUCCAAAAUACAGGAAAAACAUUCUGGUCUCAACUAUUACUUUUGUAAAAUGAAAUGUCUUACUAGACAAAACAUACACAUAAAUGGAAGUGCCUUCUGAUAUCUGAGUUACUUUGAAUUUGGCACUUCAGUAUUUAUGUUCUAAUAAAUGCACAGCAUACAAGACUAUACUUUUUUAUGGUUAAAAUUAUGAAUGUAGGUCAGUUGCAAAAGUUGAGGUAUCUCCCAUAAUCUGAUUUUUUUUUUUUUUUUUUUAAUAAAAAAGGGACCAAAAGAAUGCUGCUAGGUUACAUGCUGCUGUUAACUCUGCCUACAUACAGUAUAUCAGCUUUCUAGUUGUUCUGUUUGGAGAAAUGUAAAACACAACAAAUUCUGGUACCUAGUUUGGAUUCAUUUUCUUGAAGUUUUUCUUAUUUAAGUACAUUAUUGAUAAAUUCUCUCUUUAUCUGCCUGUGUACUCUUCUCACAGUUUAGUUACAAAUUAUUUGAAUUUGAAGCUUUACUGAUUUAUUAUCCUUCUUAUAUAUUACAAUAUACAACAUCCUAAUUGAAACAAAGAUUGAAGAAAACCUUUGGAAUAUUUUGAGCAAAAUCACUUAAUAUUAAUAGUGUACUUGGAAAGUCCUGAAUUGGAAACUGGCCACUUGUGUUUUGUUUCUUAAAAUAUAUUUGCAUUUUCUUUUGUAUGAAUUCCAAGUUCUGUAAGGUAAGCUGUUGAUGUAUAGUGGAAAAUACAAAAUACAAAGCCCAAUUACGCUGUCAUCAAAUCUACAGCUAUAAUUGCAAACACUUUCAGCUUGUAAAAGAGCACAAAACAGCUGAGAAAUAGGAUAGUGAAGCAAAUGCAUGUUGAAAGUAAAAACUGCAAAAAUAUUCCCUGGCAGAUAUUAUAUUUUAAUUAGUUUUACCUGUGGCUGCAAUUGGUCUAAUUGUAGGCAAGGAUAGGGUUUGUUUAACCAGUUGCAAUUAUAGAUGCAUAAAAUGAAGCUAUUGAAAUAAUGACGGCUUUUCAAAAAAAACUUGCUCAUGCAAUUUUUCUUCAGUCUAAAUGUGGGUUUUUAAAGUCUCAAACAUUCCAUGCAUUGAACAAUAGAGGGCUAGUACAGGACAAGCUCAUUACUUGUCUCUUUUGCCAUACAGUGGUAUGCUGCACUGCCAUUUUCUGUUGAUUUGUUCAAUGUAUUUUAGUUAUACAGCUCAUGCUUAUUAUAGGCAGCUAGCUGUGUGUAAAUUGAUAAUCAUGUGCUUAUAAAAACUGAAAGCUAUUGCUUAUACCUCCAGUACUUUAUACCUGCAGUUGAUUUGCAUCCAGUGUGUUCAGUAUAGGGGUGCACAAUUUUUACUAUUGUGUAACUUGGGCUUCAGAUAAUAAAUAGCUAAGCCCUAGAAUUCUUUGGAACAUAAGUAUAUACAUGCACAUUUUAGGGCUGAAUCUUUCUAAUUCAUUCUUUUCUUACACCUGGUUUUGUUGCAGUUCAAUUCUCAGGUGUUACAGAAAAUCUACCUCUUCAGACCAUAGAUGGAAAUAACUGUGAAAAGUGAUGCAGAACUUUAGCUUGUGCUGAAUGCUGCUUUAUUAUUGCAACCCAUACCCAUGAAAAAUGCUGACUAAAUAGGCACUCUUGGUUUUUGCUUUUCAGGAACAUUUUGUAGAAAUUUUUCACUAAUGUGAAACUGAAAUUUUAUCUACUCCGUUCUGUGUAGAUUAAGUAAAUAUGUGUGCUUAAUA